AGAGAGAGUUGAUCUUUGCCUUUUCUACAUGCCAAGCAACAUGGCACUAAAAAUCUUAUAUAUAUACAAGCUAGGGUUAGGGUUAGAUAGGCAUCAACUACCCACAAAGCUGCUUAUAGCUUUUACUCCUUAUUUUUUUCCCCUCUCCAUUUCUGCUCUCUCUUAUCCAUCUAUAAUCAGCAUCGUCCGAAUCACAAUCUUGAUCUGAUUGAGCGCGGAACAGAUUCAGCAGAGAAGCAAGGAAUUGAUCAUCUGAAAGAAAGAAAACGAAAACUAGGGUUUCUUGAAAAGAAAAGAAAAACAGAGAAAAAGAAAGUCAUGAAGAAAAGGCAAGUGGUGGUGAAGAGAGAUGGGUCAACUAGGAUUUGCACGACAUCAUCAUCGGCAAUCAGGAGCGUUCGAUACGCAGAGUGCCAGAAGAAUCAUGCGGCCAGUAUCGGAGGAUACGCCGUGGAUGGUUGCAGGGAAUUCAUGGCCAGUGGCGAAGAAGGCACCAGUGAUGCCCUCAUUUGUGCUGCUUGUGGAUGCCACAGGAAUUUCCACAGAAGAGAAGUUGAGACGGAGGUCGUCUAACAUAAAAUGGUUCUGACAGCGCGACCUACAUGUUCUUGCCCAAUCUUUCAACAUGUACAUGUACGCAUCUAAAAGGACUUCUCAUCUAGAUCAUCCGAGCUAGUGAUGUUCAUUCGAUGACAUCCGGAUGGUAGGAAAAGGAAAAAAUCGCGCGAAAUGCCAAAAGCAAAAAGGCAAGAUUUGAUGUCCGUAUUGUACACACCAAUCAUUCACAGUAAGUUGUCAUCAACUCCCUCCAAUCAUUCAAGUUCUGCAAUAAAUCUCAGGAGCACAAGAGAUGAGGCUUUCAAUA